UAUUUACGCGUUUAUCAGUACAAAUUACCUAUGCCAUAAAUCUAUAGAUUAAACUGAGCGUUUUUGUCAAAAUGCAGUUUUAGAUAAAGUGUGAUGUGGUAGUAGUUCCAUUGCAAACAAAAUCAUGAACAAAUUCUAUGGUUCUAUUGGUUUCCUGCUUUGUUUGCUAGUGUUAUGUCAGGGUUCCGGCACGGAUAUAGCACUAGACGCGAAAGCAACCUUGCUACACCGUAUCGAUAGCUUGAACCUUUUAAUUUAUACCUGUCUUUUGACCCUAACUGUUCUUACAAUCUGGGUCUUCAAACAUCGACGAGUGAGCUGGCUUCACGAAACUGGCUUAGCUGUGAUUUAUGGACUGAUAGUAGGAGCAAUAAUUCGCUAUGCAGGCAAAACAAAUCAAGUUACAUACCUUGAUGCACACCCUGCACCAGACACAAAGUACAACCUGUCCGUGCCACCUGAUAUAUUACGGUUCCAUUUCCCAGAUAAAAUUCAAAUCAAUUCUGGAGAUGCUCCAGUACCAAAUAAAACAUAUGCAUAUAGCUUUAGAGGCGAAAUAGUUAAUUUAGAACAAAAUGAAAUAGAUCUUAAAGCAACAUUUGAUCCAGAAAUAUUUUUUAACAUUAUUUUGCCUCCCAUUAUUUUCCAUGCGGGAUAUUGUUUAAAAAGGAAAUACUUCUUUCGAAAUCUCGGUGCGAUCUUGACAUUUGCAAUGGUGGGCACAGCUUUAUCGGCAUUGGUCAUCGGUUCUCUUAUGUACGGUUGUGUGCAACUUAUGCCGGCGUCUCUGGCCGCAAGUUUCACCUUCCUGGACACCCUUUAUUUUGGAGCUCUCAUUUCUCCCACGGAUCCACUGACUGUACUCGCCAUAUUCUCGCAAUUAAAGGUGGAUGUAAACCUAUACGCCAUGAUAUUCGGAGAGAGCGUCCUAAACGACGCAGUGGCUUUGGUGCUAAGCGGUGCGAUACAAAACUAUGAGAAGAGAUACUCAAACGAUGGCGGAUUUGAGAUCACAGCGUUCUUAGGCGCUAUUGGAGACUUUAUUGGGAUCUUCAGCCUUUCCCUGCUGAUUGGUGCUUUGAUGGGCUGCUUUACUGCAUUGAUGACGAAGUUCACCCACGUGCGUGAGUGGCCGUUACUGGAGUCUGCGCUUUUUGUCCUUAUGUCGUAUGCUGCUUUUCUCAUCGCAGAAGUCUGCGAGUUGACAGGCGUGGUUGCGGUGCUAUUCUGCGGUAUAUGCCAAGCGCACUACACAUACAACAAUCUAUCAUCCGACUCUAGGAACCGGACCAAACAGCUAUUUGAACUGCUCAACUUUUUGGCUGAGAAUUUCAUAUUCACCUACAUCGGGGUCUCCAUGUUCACGUUCCCGAAACAUCAUUUCGACCCUUGGUUUAUUAUAGCUGGAUUUAUAACAUCUACCCUUGGUCGAGCGGUGAACAUCUAUCCAUUAUCGUUCCUCUUAAAUCUCGGAAGGAAACCACCGAUACCAAUGAAUUUUCAACACAUGCUGUUCUUUGCGGGUCUUCGAGGUGCGAUGUCUUUCGCGCUAGCAAUACGCAAUACGGUGUCUGAGGCGCGACAGGCUAUGCUGACAACGACUUCUCUUAUUGUCAUCGCCACUGUCAUACUGCAAGGCGGAGCUGCUACGCAUGCGUUGGCUUAUUUGCGUAUACCUACGGGACAAGGACAAAAUGAUGAGAAUGAAACGUUGCCGUAUCGAGAUGUUCGAAGUCUGUACCAGGCCACGGACUCUGGCGGAGCGCCAGCGGACAUAGGCUUUGGCCUCCGAAAUAUGGACCCAACACAACCUACCGGCUGUGACAGAGCAGCAAGUGGCCGCAUGGUAGUUAAAUGGGGCAAAGGCGACAAUGGAGUGAUUAUGCCUUGGCAACUUGACUAUAUGGAAAGUACACCCCGCGGCGGUGGCGACGGCAACACGGGGGAGAAGGCCCGUCUAGCCCGUCUGUGGGGCGCAGUAGACUCCAGACUCCUUAAGCCACUGCUGACCCAUGCACGGCCUCCUCUCACAGAGACUCUGCCUAGCUUCAUGGCACCCGUCGCGCGAUUAUUGACGACUACACACCAGUAUACGCAAGGGGACAGCACUUUACGCAGGGCAGAUUCCGAUUCCGACCUAUGCAUCGAUGAAAAUGCAGUGCCUACUAGUAUCGAUCCACAGCUAUCAGUUAAUUCUCGGAACGGAUAUGGGCAUGUCUAAGCUUUGUAGCAUUAGUGACCAUCGGCUGUGAUCUAGGUGUAAUAUAGAGGAUUAAAUUAAUAGGAAAAUUGUUUUUUUUUUUUAAUUGCACGCAGCAAAUAUGGCCUGGAUUAGUGGACACACGGAUCUCAGUAGAAGGUAUCACUGGAAGUAAUAUCUAGAUUUAGAUUAAUGACGUAGUUUUGAUAUUCCAGAGUGCCACAUUUUGAUGUGAUUAUUCACAAUCUAUUUGUGAACGUCUGACCAGAAAUCAUUUGUAAAAGAUCAUAAAUGUAAAGACAUAACUAUAAAUAAAAGCCAUAAUGAAUAUAUUUGAAUAAAUAAAGUAUGCACCUUUAUAUUUCCGGCUUCAACUUUUUAAAUUGGUAAUUGUAAAGAAUCGCAGGAAAGUACGUUAAAAACGUUGUUUUUGCUAAUUAAACAUUUCAGCGCGCUUCUCUUAAUUAUACUGAUUGUUGUAAAACG